CAAUCCAGAGCCUCGCAAAUGAGGCUAGUGCAAUCAUGGGCUUCACCUUUAAAGGAUCUUAAAUGCAGCAAGAGUCACAUCGAGUCAGGGUCAAAGCUAGGAAGAAGUGUCGAAGCGUAUCAGCGGCCGGCGCUUAGAAACUUCGGACGUCUACGAUUCUUUCAAAAAUGUGAAGAGCCCCCCGAGAGACGUGAACGCAUGGCGAUUGAUAUGGGGCGAAUCGACCGACGAAAAUAGCCCCAGGGUCAGUCUUCCGAAUCCCCAGCAACGCAGUAACGGAGGUCAGUGCAAAACUUCAUCAUUCCUGGCAGGUGACCCUGCGCAGUCAUUUGGACAGUUACGGAGUAGCAGAUGGAAAGUAAAUCCAAAAAUGUCUCGUGGCAGUGAUGAUGGCAGUGCCUGCGCGUCACCAGCAGUGGGGUCCAGCACAUCACACUCUUCACAAAUCUCAUCGUCGACCAGCUUCCUCUUGUUCCCUGCUAGACACAUCCAUCAUUCAGCUCGCCAUCAAGCCAUUCGCCCAAGCCGAGAAGUCUUGUUACCUCGCUACAUUCCACACUCCCCCAUCGCGAAAUCUCCAGUAAGAUGAGCGAAGCACCCCACGCCGCGAGCGCUAGUGUCCUGCCUGCGGGCAUCACGGACCCGAAUUUCGCCCCACCACCGGGCACCCUGGGAAACUUGAACGUCAUCCAACAACACUCCCUGGACAAAUUCAAGAAGGAGCUAAAGGAAGAGGGGUAUUUCGAGGAAGGCCCGAUACGGUUCACCGAUGCUGGCCUGCUCAAAUUCCUCCGCGCACGCAAAUUUGACGUGCCCAAAGCCAAGGAGAUGUUUAUCGCGUGCGAGAAAUGGCGGAAGGAGUUUGGCGUCGACGAGAUCGUCCAGAACUUCGACUACCCCGAGCUGCCGAUUGUGGACAAGUACUACCCUCAGUACUACCACAAGAACGACAAGGACGGGCGCCCGAUCUACAUUGAGCGGCUCGGCCUGCUCGACCUCAAGGCGCUGUACGCCGCGACGACGCCCGAGCGGCAGAUCAAGCGCCUGGUGCUCGAGUACGAGAAGUUCAUCAACGAGCGGCUGCCCGCGUGCUCCGCCGCCGCCGGCCACCCCGUCGAGACAUCGUGCACGAUUCUCGACCUGCAGGGCGUCUCGAUGUCCAACUUCUACCGCGUGAAGGACUACGUGUCCAAGGCGACCGACAUCGGGCAGAACCGCUACCCGGAAAGCAUGGGCAAGUUCUACAUCAUCAACGCCCCCUGGGCGUUCUCCGCCGUUUGGAGCAUCAUCAAGCCCUGGCUCGAUGAAGUCACCGUGAAGAAGAUCGAUAUCAUCGGCAGCUCGUACAAAGACAAGCUCCUGGCCCAGAUUCCGGCGGAGAACCUGCCCAAGCAGUUCGGUGGGAAGUGUGACUGCCCCGGCGGAUGCUCGCUCAGCGAUGCUGGGCCAUGGAAUAACAAGGAGGUCAUCGAGGCCGUCGAGAGCGGACAAGUCCUGUCUGCCUGAAGUGGUUUAUGGUACUGAAUGGAUAUCCACCUCAUUCUCGGAGCAUUCGUUUAAUUUAUAUCCACAUCUGUAAGUUUCGCGCAGCAUACGACACAUCGCUUUUCUUUACACGCGUAAUGACAGUUACAUCGUGGGCGGAUUCAUCCAUGGGACGUGCUUUGAGUGGUUCUCGUUUCUUUUCGCCUUCCCCCAGUCGGAACUAUUGCACGUGCCACUCUGCGCUCUGGCAUAUCCACUCCAAUGCUGGAAUGUACAUGAUUGGUCUGGACAGAGCAUCUCAUUUGGGCUCAAAGCUGAUCGGUAAAUACCGAGUUAUCAUCCGCGAAUGCAUCGGUCUGAGACGCUGAGCUUCGCAUUAUCCUGACAUUAUCUGGAAGACUUGAGGCAGAUGAUGUCCUAUUGCGACCUGAGACUGGCCGUUGGAGAACGCUAUGCGUGC